AUGAUGUUACCACUAGCACAGUAUAGUGCGCCCGAUGGUGUGGAGAAGAGCUUUGCUCCAAUAUGCGAUGACCCUCGAUACAUGACCACCGAGGGAAGAACAACAGGCCCCAGCGAUCAUGUACUGAAUGCUGGUCAAAUCGAUAGGGACAAGCCCUCUGAGCCUAAACGCACAGAAGAUGGCUCACAAUUGACAUACCUAGGCCGGCUGCGUGCACAGCUAACAGGGCUGCAGGACGAUAUAAAUGAGUUUUUGACUGAAAGAAUGGAAUUGGCCAAGAAUAAGAAAAAAGUGGGCGCUGAUGAAAAGCGGAUCCAGGAAGAGAUUAAUGAGUUGUUAGAUGGUGGCGACGGGGACGGGGAUACUGAUUAG